UAAAAAUAAUGUCGCCGCUGAAUGCGAAUUGCUAAAUAUUCCGCGCUCCCGGUGUUUGGUUGUAAAAAGCUUAUAUCAUUGAAAAAUGUAGAGUUUCAUUAAUCCUGGUAGUUAUAAUUUUUUCAGCAAGAUAAUGGCUAGUUUUUACGACGAGACACUGGUAAAUUUUGAUUUAGACUUCCUGCAACCGUCUGCAAGUAAUGUGGUAAGUAAGAAUGUUUUAAAACAUGACAAACAGCGACAAUCAAUAUUGAAUGUGAAGAAGAAAAUUGUAGCAAGCAGUGCUCUUGUACAGAAAUUCUAUACACAAAAAGAGAGACUUGAAGAAACUGAAUGCUUGCUCUUGGCUGCAAAAGAAGAAUGUAAACAAGCUUGUAUAGAGAAUAAGGGAACUUUGGAAAAAUAUACUGAAUUAGAAAAGAAUGCAGUGCAACUCAAAGAAAGUAAUCAACAACUGGUAAAAAAUGUUGCUGACUUGCAAACCCAGGUGGAAGCAAUGAAUUCACAUGCUUAUCAAUUACAGACACUUGUUAAGGAAAAAGAAUCAAUGGUGGAAGCUUUAAAAAUAGAAAAAGAAUUGGAGAAAAGCAGUUUAAAGGACUAUGAGAAAAAGCUUACAUCAUAUGAAAAAGAACGAGAGGCAUUUUUAAAUGAUAUAAGGUGUUUCAAAGAUGUAGUUCUUGGUAAAAAAAAAGUUAAAGAAAUAAAACAUAUUCUAUCAAAAUAUAAAGACAUGAAAAUCUUUGCCGACGGUAUAGAGUCUGAUAACAGUAGUGAUCUAGAUGACUUUGAUGAGAGUCCUAUCAGAUCUCCAUCACCAAUAGACAAUAUUUUAUAUGAAGCACAACAAAAGGAAGGUGUGUUAAGUAAUAAUGCCAAUGAGGAAUCAUGCAAUGACUCAAAAUUAUUAAAGAUUGAUAAAUUCAAUGAUGAUCAUGAUUCUGAUUUUUGUAUUGAGGUUAUUAGUGAGGACACUGGGAGGGGAUCUUCAUUGGCAUUGUCUGAAAUGAACAGCCCAGAAACUGAUUUUAUGUUGGGUGAUUAUAAUGUAAUAAUCAAAGAACCAAUUAUUCAAGUUGAUGUUGGUACAAGCCCAAUGAGAGUUGAAGAUAAUCUUGUAUCAAGUCCAAAUAUGUUUGAUGAUGAAGUAUUACUGAGUGAUAGAAAUGCUGAUGCACCUAAAACUCCUGAGUACUUUAUUUCAGAUAUUCCUUUAAGUUCAGAAAUUGUUACCAUUAAAGAGAAACGACAAUUAGUUGAUGCAUGCACAAGUCCCGUGAAGAUUCCACUUAAUGUUGUUCAUGAAGGUACUAGUCCCAUCAUCUUUGAGGAUAAUAAUGAGGAUAUUAAUGUCAUUGCAAGUCCAAUACAAGCCUCUAAUCCCAAACAAGCAAACACAGACGCAUCCACAGACGACAAUAGUAAAUGCCAGAUGAGACUGAAUAGUAUGUCUAGUGGUUGUGAAAUAGAAAUAUCAAGGAAACCCAUAGAAGAAGUUGAAAAUAUGGAUGUAAAUGAUGAAAUUAGUAAUGAUAGGGAAGUGCAAAUGAUUUUAAGAGAAAUGAAGUUUCAUCAUAAAAUAAUCAGUCCUCUUCCAAAAAGACCAAAGAUGCAUUCCCACACAAUUAAGGAAGCUCAUCUAGUAUGUCCCGAAGCAAUAAAAAUCAGAGAAGAAAAUAAAACUUUAAAAACAAAUGUUGACUUUUUAUGCAAAGAAAUUUUGCUAAUUAAGGGUAUGUUAACAAGUAAAAGUCAUGAGAAUAUACAAACUACUGAAAGUGAUAUAAGCCUAUUUGGUGAUAGUCAAGAUACUAUCAUAGCAGGUGAUAAUGAUCUAAGUACUGUUAGUGAAGUUAACAACACAUGUGAGAACUCAACUGCUUUUGAUUUGAGGUCUAAUGCAACGGAAUGUGAAAAUGAUCCAAUAACUUUAUUAUUUUCAAAUGUAAGUCCACAAAAGUCUCAAAACAGAAUAUUGCUUGAAAAUGACAAUACCACUGAAACUCCACUGGAAGCCGACAUCAACUGCCCGGAUACUAUUAUAGAUAAUAAAAGAAAACAUGAAACAUAUGAUAUCCAAGUUUCCAAUGACUUUCCUAGAAAUGAUAAAUCACCGAAUGGUUCAAGACUUAAACGACGAAAACAAACCAAACUUGAUUUAUUGAAGAGAAAGAUAAUGCCGAGGAGUAAAAUAAUGGCGCAAUUACCUGCAAGAAGAUUUAAGAAAAUUCCUCUUAAACCAAUUGUGAAAAAAGAUUUAAAGAACCAACUCUUAAAUAUUAUAAACAACAAAGAGGCAUAUGAUAAAGCACGACAGGUAAUGAGUGAACUGAAAUCAAAUGAUAAAUCAAAACCCAAAAUUAUAAAACAAAAAAUUGUUAAGAAAAAAGAAAAUAGAAGUAAUAUUAGAAAUACAUCUGAUAGAUCUUCUGUUAAAGUUUCAAAAGAAGACUUUGUUAAGAAAACAACUGUAAGUAAUCCAAUUGCAAUUGAUAGUACAAAAGAAUCUUAUAAUAAUGAACACAAGAUUAUAAGCCCUAAGAAAAAUAGACAUGCCAUGCCUUUGGCACCAUCUACUGACAGCAGUAUAGAUACAAGUUCUGUUUCCGUCAUUAAUGGAAACGAAAAUGUAAAAACUAUGGAUUUAGAAGAAAUUAUUCAUAAAGAAGACAAUACUGGUAAUGAAAAGAUAGCAGAAGAUAAGGAAACGCCGAUAGUCGUAGACAAUGAAAAACAAGACAAUCACACAAGCAAGGAAACUACUCCCAAAACUAACCGACGGCGCAAACGGAUCGAUUCCGGAAGUUCUAACGUUAGCUACAAACGAAUGCUGCGAAGUUCAAAUUUGGAGAAAAUAGAGUCUAAAGAAAAAGAUAAUAAGGAUGAUAGACCACUCAAUAUAGAUUAUAAUGAUCUAGAUAUGUUUGAAACUGUUGUUAAAAAGGAAAAUGUAGAUAAAUAUUUAGGUAAAACUACGAACGAAGAAACGGACACAAACUUACUUAAUAAAGUUAAAAGAAAAAUAAGGGUUUCUUCACAUGAUUCGGAUAAACCACAACGAUCAUUACGUAGUUCGAAUUCACAUGUUAAUAUUACAGAUAUAGAUACAGACAGAAACGCAAACACUUUAGAGAAAACAGAUAGUAAAGGAAAGAAAAUAAAUAAAAUUCCUACUCCACCUAAUGAAAGACUGAACAUUUCUGAUAAAAUUUCUGCUGAUGCAAAUAAUCUCAGUAACAGCAUACUUUGUAAAAUGAUUAGAAAACAUGGAAAGAAUGUUAUUAAAACCUCAGCAUCAAAAGUAUCAGACAAAAUUAUAGACGCCAUUUUUAAGAAGAUAGACACGACACUGUCAGAUAUUGUAGAAAAACCUCCUGAUCAGCUCCAGAAAGCAUUGGAUGACCUAAUUCAAUAUUUAAAAAGUUUAAAUCGGAAAGAAUUUAUAUCCGGUCUCAUGAAAUUCCUCCAAGACCCAGCUCGGAAGUUGGAAUUGUAUAACAAAGCUAUUACAAAAGUUCCCAUGACAAAGAAAGAACAGAUGAUUGUAUAUAUUAUAAAGCAAAUGAAUGAUAAUAUACUUGGCGAAGUAUUGAGAAAUAUAGACUUUGCUUUAUUCUGUUUGAGUCGAAAUCCUGAUUUUGAUACAAUAGAGAGUUUAUCGCAUAUAUAUGCAGUGUUAUGUAGAGUAUUUAAUUUGAAGAAUCGGUUAAAAGUGUUCAUGCUGGAUGCGAUGUACUGUCUUAACUUCAAGGCGGUCGUUGUGGUUAAGCAGUGUCUGAUAACUUGGCCUCAUGUCUUACCAUUGGCACAUUUACCUCACGCCAAAUCGCCGCUACUAUUAAGCAUAGUGUACUUAUUACACUUUUUGAAGUGUGACAAUCGUGGUAUGAAGCGAGCGACAGAUGUUAGAUGGCUGUUAGAUAAGAAAUACAUGUACAACUUCAAUGAAUGGAAUCAGAAUAGAGUACUUGAGAUGUUCAGCCACGCCAUCAAAACCAUCAGAGAUGAUCCCGCUGAAAGGAAUAUGUUGAGAAUGGCGAUAAUUAUCUUCGCUAAGCGGCAAGGUGUCAAAUGGUGUCAAAAGCAUAUCAUAAAUAACCUACUUUUAUCAACUAUAGAGAAUGAAAAUAGUCCAGAGAGAGUCAAAGUGUUUUGUAUAAAGGUUUUGGGACCACUUUUCAAGGCUUAUCCAAUUAAUAUGAAAGUGCAUUGCGAAAUUAUGACAAAUCGAUUACUGGAUAUGUUGGAACAGGAGAAUUUAUCACACGCAAUAAAGGAAGGAAUAUUCACAAGUCUUAUAUGUAUGAGCAAGCAUAAUCCCCAGCGCGUUAACAGUGCUCUGUUACAAUGGACACCGGAGAUCGUGUCAUCGGAGUUCGAAGCUUUGAUUAAGAGUUAUGUCAGGGAAAAACCUAUUAAGGCAUGGAAGAAGAUACUCUCCAAGACACGUUAAGUGCUUAUCACUUACGUACUUUGAUAGAGCGGAAAGAGUACCAGUGGUAGUGUUUGCUACGUCAUUUCAUUUAAAAAUUAUGUACUUUUUUUACUGUCCAGCUAUGACUUAACAGGGUUGCCAAUAUAAGGUAAACAGGGUUGCCAAUAUAAGGUUAUUUAGUUCUGCGACCCUAAAUCCUACCACGGUUCGUUUUACGCACUAGUAGAGUCCUGAGAGUUCGAACGCAACGAAACGGUGACACGUUUUUCUUUUGUUCAUUUCCAGUGUUAGGUCCUUGUAAAGAUAUUUUUAUCCUGUUUUGAAGGGUCAAAUAUUCUGUUAAUAUAAAUUGUUAAUUUUUUAAAGAUUUAUUGGACCUUUUUUGGUAUUACUUAAUACUGAAGUAGACUUUCUAUUCAUGGCUCUUAGUUGAACUUAUUGGUAAGAAUUUGUAGGAAAAACACGGAUAAUUUUAAUUGGGGUUUUUGAUAAGUAACGUUCAAAAUGCACCAGAUUAGUUAAUUUCGGGUAAAUUUUUGCUUUAAAAACUGUACUAGGAAUUUGUUUUUAGAACUUAUGUAUUUUUAUUACUACAAAUGGAUGUUAUAUUUAUUAACACAACAAUUCGAUCUUAUUAGUAUUUUUGUUUAUUACUGUUUAUUCUUGAGUAGUUAAUUCUGUUUCAAUUAUCUUUUAAAGAGAAUGCGCUUCCUAUUGAAAUUCGUCAUAGCACGACUGGUGAAAAUUAGUUGAAUCCUAUUAAAUAUCAUUAAUUUAAUUCCAUAAAUAGGAAUUACUAAGAAACUCAUAAUUUAAGGUAUAGUAAAAAUUUAAUACCAUGGAACACUAAAAGGCGAAAGAUUUAUACGUUGAAACCAUCCAGAGUUAGAUUUUCAAUAUAUCUUAAGGUGAAAAUAUGUACAAUGUGUAAAUUAUUAAAUUAUAAUUGUGUAGUUCCAUAAUAUGUUUGUAUUUACUAGUCCGAUUAGUAUUAAGUCAUAUAGGGCCAAAUAAAAAUGCAUUUUUAAGAUAUGUGCGAUAAGCAUACUAAAUGUCCGUCUUGAAUAUUUGUAUGAGAAUAAUGUUGCGCGAAAGGUUAAAAGUCGGCAACGCACUUGCAAGCCCUGGUAUUGCAGGUGGUUAGCACAGUAGUGCUUGGUUGCCUCAUGGCUCAAAAAAAGAUGGCGCUGUGAAGUGUUCAUACAAAUAUUCCACAUGUAUUUUACGUUAUCAUUUUUUUGUCAUAAGAACUUUCGUUUCGCUCUAAAACUUGUCCAGUAAUGAUUAAUAUUAAUAUUUGCGUAUUAGAAUAAUGAAUGUGAUGUGUGGAAGCACCAAAUAAGCAACUUGAAAUUUAAUUGAUUUAAACUGUAUUUUAAAAGUAGUAUAUCAGUCUUGCUUUGACGGUCACGAAUAUAAAUAAACCUUUUUUUUAUUUAUAACAUCUGCCCUUAUUUUAAACACAUACCACCAGAUAGUAAACAUUUAAAUCAUAGUCGCAAACUGCUACAAGGCAACUGCUACUAACAUUUUUAUGCAGAAACAAUGAAUUGUGUAGUUUUUCCUUCCGUAUUCGAAUUCGCGUAACAGUCAUAGAGUUAAUUAUGACUCCCUUAUGUCAAAUACGUAUUGGGCUUUGAUAAACGGAAGUCAUACUUAGCGUUAAGCCUCUGACUGAAUCUUAUCCUAAGAGUGAAUUCAGUCUUAUGACACAUUUUUCGUUGGUCUAAGAAUAGCACUUCUAUGAUUUAAAUAUUUGCUAAUAGGUUAAGUUUUAUUAGCAUGACUAUUGUGUAAGUAAAUAUUAAUUUAAGAUUACUGAUAAGGACGAUAUUUGAAAUGGCGGUCAAAGCUCAAAGCAAUGGUAUAUGUGUUUCAAAUGGUACUGUACUGUGAUUUCUGUAAGCUUCAUUUUCGAAGUAAUAAAUAUUCAAAUAACA